UUUCCUGUUUCUUUAGGAAACAUUUGUCGCUCUCCAAUAGCUGAAGCUGUUUUUAGAAAACUUGUAACUGAUGAAAAAGUUGAAAAUAAGUGGAGGAUAGACAGUGCAGCAACAUCUACCUAUGAAAUAGGAAACCCUCCUGACUAUCGAGGACAGACUUGCAUGAAGAAGCAUGGCAUUACCAUGAAUCAUAUUGCCAGGCAGAUUACUAAAGAAGAUUUCCAGACCUUUGAUUAUAUACUUUGUAUGGAUGAAAGCAAUCUAAGAGAUCUGAAAAGGAAAAGCAACCAAGUUAAAGACUGCAAGGCUACAAUUGAGCUGCUUGGCACUUACGAUCCACAGAAACAACUUAUUAUUGAAGAUCCGUAUUAUGGGAGUGAGAAGGACUUUGAAACUGUUUACGAGCAGUGUGUUAGAUGCUGUAAAGCAUUCUUGGAGAAGCCUCAUUAAUGCAACAUUUUAUUUCUGAAAGAAAAUAAUUAGCUCCUCCUGGAAUAUGUAAGCUUUACUUGAUUGGUGUAUUUGAAAUGUAAUGUUAUGCCUCCUCAGUAGGGUCAAAUUGAUACUUUUUCAGUUAAAUUUUGUAUUGUAGCUCUUCUGUCAUCUAAGCAGAAAAACGUAGAAAAGUUUAAGCUUGAAUUAGAUGAUCAACCAUUUUCUCAUGCAUCCAUGUAAUAAUAAAGUAUUUCAUUCGGAAUAAAUUUAUCUGUGAAGUAUUCCAGUGCUUUCUCACAAGCACUGUAAAAAAAAUCUUGCUUCUUUGUGCAAUACAAGCGAACCUGAAUUCCUCUUAUUGGA